CUUUUUCACGGCAACAAAUUGACAAAGAAUUUCUAAGAUAGUUUCUUGAUUGCAGGUGCAAUUGCUGGUGAGCAAAAGCGACUGAAAAGCAGGCUAGAACCGAGCCGAAACAGGAAGUGAACCAUUGGAGAGACCGCGAACCUUGUGCAGUUUGCGUAUUGCGACGCAUCGAAAUUUUGUUGUAUGCUGUGAGCCGCGAGGAGGCGGAAAUCGGGAGUUGGGAAAUCCGCAAUCGGGAAUCAGGAGUCGGGGGAAAUGGAGCAGAACUCGAACGCGGAGACGUUCGCGGAGGCACCUGCUCCGGAUGCGGAGUACGGCAUUGGCAUGGAUAACUGCUCCGGAUCCGCCUCGGGCAGCGACACCGUGAGUGCCAAUCACGAGUUCCAGACCAUGAAACCGGGUCCCGGGGUGGUGCACAAGCUGCCGCCGGUGGCCACCAAUACCACCACCACAAUCGCCGCCACCAGCAAUGGACGCUCUCGGACAGAACUGCCGCACAGCGAGCUGGUAAAGAUGCUGUACUAUCUGGAGGGCGAGCUGCAGGCACGGGAUGUCUGCAUCGCCGCCCUGAGGAACGAGCGGGUGAAACAGCUUAUCGCCCAGCUGCGGACGAAGCGGCUGCAGCCAAACGAUCCCUAUGCGGCCAUAUUUCGCGACAAGAUCGCUCUGAACGGGAACCUCAUCUCCAGGGAGUCCUCCACUCAGGCGGCGCAGGCCGAGAUGGAGGUGCGCCAGAUCAUCGAGCAGCAGAUGGAGCAGCAGUACCAAAUGGUCAGCAAGCAGAGGGCCACACACGUGCGCAUGGUUAACAUACUCACCGAAUCGCUUGAGAACAACCAGCGGAUGCUGCAGGAACUGGAGGAGGAGAAACGAAAGCACGAGCACACAACAGCACAGGGCGAUGACAUCACCUACGGGCUGGAGAUGGAGCGCACCAAGCUGAAGCAGGACCUCGAGGAGGAGCGCACCCAGGUGGCCAAGAUGGAGAAGGACCUGAAGAAGCUGCAGGAGACGCUUGAGUACGAGCGCAACCGACAGAAGCAGAUUGUGCUGCUGUUGAUUGCGGAGCGCAAGAAGAUCUUGAUGAAGUACAUUGAAGAGGGCAAACGUUCCGAGGACUUGGCCCAAAUCCUGGCCGAGGAGAAACAGCGUUCGGACACCAUAGCCGAAGGCCUCGAAGAGGAGAGCAAAAAGUCCCUGCGCAUGGAGGAGGAGCUGGAGAAGCAAACCCAAGCCAUGGAGCUGGAGCGCAAAACCCUUUUUGCCAAACUGGCCAAGGAGGAACUGCGGGUCAAGGAGCUGGAGCAGGAACUCAAUGCAUUGCGCAGCGAGCAUGAGGCUCUGAAAAAGCAGCAGCCACUGGGUGGCAGCGGCUCAUCGGUGGCCGCCGCCAAGGCGCGACAGUUUAGCGACGACGCCUGUGCCACGCCCCCCAUGGUGAACAUCGCCAAGAUCGUGCAACCAACCGCCACGGUAAGCAGCAUGCCGGUCUCGGGACCACAGACCGGCAUAGCCCGCUCCAUAGCGCCGGGCCAGAACAUCCGAAGCGCUGGUAUUGCAACGGCGCCCACGGGCACGGCCACAGCAGCAGUAGCCCCACUCUCGGCCGUGCUCAACCAUACCACCAGCACCACGAACAACACCACCAGCGGCAGCAGUUCGAGCGGCGGCGUUGGAACAGCCAAUGCAUCGGUUGAGGCGCCUGCUACUGUCACCGUGCCCCUGGUGGCGCCACCGUCACCCUCGCCGGCGAAGAUGCAGCCCACUGCCACCAUCCAGCGGGCGCCAGGAGGCAAGUAUGCAGCUCUAGCUGCGGCAGCUGCCCUCGACCAGACGGCCACACCACCGCAUCCUCAUCCUGUGCCCAUUGCCGUGCCACCAGUCACCGUGCCACCGGCGGGAGCUCGUGGCGCUCCGCCACCCAUACCGACCAAGCCGAUCGUGCCGCCCAAGCGGGAGCCCUCGCUCUCCCGGCUGGGCUCGAUCACGGGCAGCAGUGCCAUAGCGGCUGCCACCGCCACCACCACGGCCACCGCGUCGACGAGUGGCACGACGAGCACGGCGAAGCAUAAUUAGACACCCCUUCUCACUCAGACUCAGACUCACAUUAAUAACCGAUAUUGGGCGUAGGAUAAGCGAAAUACUCAAGCGGCGUUGUCCCUCGAUAAACGCGCUAGGCAACAGGAUCUUCCAUCUCGAACUGCCAUAAGAAAUCCUUUUUCUGCGGAGGACUAUAUAUUCCUCCUUAAAGAGUAGCCCUUAUAUUCCUUUGAGGGGCUUAACAACUGAUUGUUUUUUGUUUGUUUAUAAGUGAUCUGAUUACUGAUCAGCGAACCACUUUGUUUGAAAGCGUUUCACUGACCAGUAAAUAUAGCUUUAGCUCACUUAUAAAAUCUCUUGUUUUUAACUUAAUCGACUAUCAAAAAUUUAUUUUUAAAUUCGUCACAUUUUUUUAAAGUUAUAUUUUUUAAAAGUGGUAUUCUUUGUCUUAAUAUUCAUAUUUUCAAAUACUUUGUCUAGUAAUUGGAUCUGCUUCGUUCUGCACUUUUACAAUCCCUUUUUAAUUUUUUUUCCAAAAAUCCAACAAUUUGUUUUAUUUAAACAUACUUAUUUUUAAGAACAAAUUCAAAUGUGAUUGCCAUUUUAUACCCUUUCAGUGGAUACUAUACAAUUUAUUUGUAAACCAGAACGAAUCAAAAAAUUCCUUAACAACUCGAUAUUUCUUAAAAAAUUAAGCAAUAUUUUGUUUAUUUAUAUAGCAUCCUUAUAUGUAAAAAGUAUUUGUCAGUUCGGGAUCGGAAUCUUAAUAAGCAUAAAUGUUCUGACUAUUUGAGUAUUUUCUGUUGCCUAGUGUGAUUGGCCAAGGAAUAAUGAUUUGGCAGGAAAAAUGUGUAGGAGAAACGUUUGUUAAGCAUUAGAAUGAUGAACAUGCAGUGCGACCCACCCCGGCGGCUUUUCAUCUAAAACAAGCCAAUCCUUAAGUCUAGUUUAGUUUUUAUUGUUUUUACCCAGCGAAUGAUAUAUUUUUUAAUGCCGUUGGCGGUCCGAGGGCCAAGCCAAGAGACAAACAACUUUAAUUGUAAUUCCGUACGUAGUAACCGAUUCUCAUAACGAUUAACAACAAGAAUAUAUAGUAAUUAUAUACAUACCCACAGAUAUUUCAUAUAUCCACAUAAUAUAUUUAUGUGUAUAACCCUUGUGCUCUGGGCGUUGUUUACUAGUUCUUAGGUGCGUCGUAUACGUGUGUAAACUUCCUUUCUGUGCAGCUAUUGUACUUCGUAGUAAUUGAUUUUAAACUUGUUUUAAGUUUGGCCUAAGCUGUUUUGAUUUGCCGCCUAGCCGAUUCCAGAGAAAGGUAUCCUAUAGAUUAACCCACGCCGUUUACACUAGUUUAGUUUGCUGGGACACCAUUCGUUGGGAUCCAGCAGGGUGAAGCUGCUUUUAACGAUUGCGUUAUCCUUUUUGAAAUGCGUACUGUAAACAUCCCUCCAGCCCCAGCAGCUUGGAUUUCCUUUUAGUCAAAGGGCAGCAGCCAGUCAAGUAGUGUUGUUGGUACAAUAAAUAGCAAAGAGGCACAAGAUAUAAGCAAAAUGCGUAUAAAUACAAGUUAGCAAUGCAUACAAUCUAUAACAAAUUACGAUGUAUUGGAAAAGCGAAAAAUACAAAAUAAAUUACACUAAAAAUGCAUUCGAAA